CAUCUCUGAUAAUAGUUACGAAGUAGGGGACGUGGCUACCCUCAUCUUCUCUACAUCUACAGAGGUAUAUAGUGGACUUUUUAGAACUAGGCUGAAACCCAUUGGUUAUAAACUUGUAGAUCGCUAGUUGUCAGCGGAAUAAUGAAUUAACCUAUGCGGUGAUUUUGUUUGUAUGCAUACAUACGUUUAAAAAAGGAUUCUGUUUAGUUUACGAAAAUGGAUCGAUAUUGUAUUGUAGAAGAAUACAAAAGUACAAAGCAUACGAGUAAGAACAGAGAAAAUAAAAGAUCAAGAGAUGUGAUAAAAAUGAACAAUUGGAUGAUGAAGUAUUUCGUUAGUUAAAAGAAAUAUUAAGGUCUUACUAUGUUAUUUGUUAAUAAUGGAAUCUGUGUAUUUGUUAGAUUUAAUGGCUCCUUUACUGAUUAAGUACAAUGAAUUCUUUAUAAGUAGAAGGAGAAAAGAAUAGUCAUGGAGAAUUAUACCAUUACGGGAAGAAUUGGAGAAGGAGCACAUGGCUUAGUUUUAAAAGCUUAUCACAAUACUAAAGGACACGAAGUCGCGUUAAAAAAGGUUUUACUAAAGAGGAUCGAUGAUGGCAUUCCGACGUCGAUUAUACGUGAAGUUAAAACAUUACAACAAUUGAAGCAUCCAUAUAUUGCAGAAUUAUUGGAUGCAUUUCCAACAGGAAUAGACUUUGUAAUGGUCUUCGAAUACAUGCCAUCAGGCUUGUGGGAAAUGUUAAAAGAUAACGAGAGAUCUUUAACUGCACUGCAAGUAAAGUGCUAUACAAAGAUGCUUUUAGAGGGUGUUGCAUAUAUGCACGCAAAUAAAAUAAUGCAUAGAGAUUUGAAACCUGCAAAUUUAUUGGUAAACAGUGAAGGUAUUUUAAAAAUAGCUGACUUUGGACUGGGAAGAUUAAUGUGGGAAGAUAAUACACAUCCGUACUCUCAUCAAGUUGCUACGAGAUGGUAUCGAGCACCUGAAUUAUUAUAUGGAGCACGUUUUUAUACAUCAGCUAUUGAUAUGUGGUCUGUUGGCUGCAUAUUCGGAGAAAUGUUAAAUAAUUCACCAUUAUUUCCGGGAGAAACAGAUAUUGAGCAAUUAGCGAUAGUACUAAGGCACCUUGGAUCUCCGACACCUGAAUCGUGGCCUGAAUUGAGCACUUUACCUGACUAUAAUAAGAUCACAUUUCCAUACCAUAAAGGCCUUCUAUGGGAACAAAUUGUACCAGAUGCUCAUCAAGAAGCAAUUAACCUUGUAAAACAACUGCUUGUAUAUAAUUCCGCAAAGCGACUCCCGGCGAGAGAGGCAUUGCAUCAUGCUUACUUCCAUUGCAUGCCGUUCGCCGCAAAAAAUUCACCAUUACCGAAACCGCCGCAGGAUCAUCGCAUUCAAUUAAAACCGAAAGAGAUAGAUGCGAAUGUGAAGUUGACAACGUUAUUCAAAGACUUAUUAAACUGUACAUACACUUAAUCAAAUUAAAUGAAAUAACGUAACGAUGUGUCGUUCAAAGUCGCACUAGUUACAACGUAUCGAAGGAGCCGUUUUACGAACGUAACCCAAGCUUCGAGAAUGACAGGAAGUCACGUGAUCUACAAUGCUCUGACGUCACAGCCACAACUUCGUAAC